AUGCAGGAAAAACCAAUAUUUUAUAAUUUUGCGUUUUUGCUUGACUUACUUAACUUUGCAACUGCAGUUUCGUGGUUUUUUGCCUAUUUGGCAUUGUUCUUCAAAUUGAAACGCGAGAAAAAUGUGGUUGGACUAUCACUUCAAACACUUCUAAUAUUAGUUGUGGCUGAAUGUAACCAUGUAAUAAUAACAGUUAUACUUUCAUCACAUUAUCACGUCAAAUUGGAGUUGGAUUUCUAUUUAUGUGAUUGUUUGACUGCACUUUUAUCUGUCACCACAUUCAUCUAUAUUUAUAAUAAUUUCUAUGAAACAUACGAAAAUAACAGGGACACUUUCGGGCUAAAUGUUACAAAUUUUGUAAUUUGCUGGAUUUCAAAAGUUUCCGGAAGUGCUAAUUUUAAUGAAAAGAAAAUUAAUAGGUUUCACCCAACUUCUCAGAAUUUUUUUUGGUUAACUAUUUAUAUUAUGAAUUUCUUCCUUGGAUCAAUGAUAUUUUUUUUAAGAAAAUCUAGCUCACCUCCAAUUAUAUCAUUUUGGGAAUCAUAUAUGGAUUCAUUACUUUCCUUAGCUUUGCUGCCUCAAAUAUAUAUGUUUUACAAUAAGAAGCCACGAAGAGUGUCUUCACCUCUUGCCCAUUUUGUUGCAUUUAUACUAUUGGCUAGAAUAUUCAUGUUAUUCUAUUGGAUAUUAUAUCCACUAUUUAAGUUUUCAAUCGUUCCAGGAAGAAGACUGCAUAUUUUUUCGGAAUUUUUAAAUGUUAUAUUUCUAACACAUUUCAUGUAUUAUUUUUUAAAGUCGAAAUUGAAUGGAGAGAACGACAUAUCCUUGCCACUAUAG